AUGUGCGAUAUAAGCACAGAAGAUCAAUUGCUAGAUAUUGCGAAAAACGCCGCAGAACUAGAUAAACCAUUAAAGUUCGAAUAUAAGCAGCACAUUGGUUUCUUGAUUCGUCAUCUCAACGUAUUUCCACAACCCUACAAUACUUUAGAGACUAGUCGGCAAGUUCUGGAUCUGUCAUAUGAAAAUAAGUUUCCGAUUUUCAGAAAUACCAUCUUUCUAUUUGCAAUUUCUGCUUUGGACGUGCUCGGAGAACUUGACAAUCUCCUAACACCCGAACGUCGACAAGCUUUCAUCGAUUGGAUUUACGAUCUUCAGCUGACUAACGUUAAUGAAAGAUCGAAAAGACGACUAUUGGAGUGCUUUUCCGUUGAGAUUUGUUCCGAUGGAAUACCAAUAAUCGAAACUCUCAAAAGCACGCCUGGAUAUAAGUUGAAUAUGAUACCGCCUGUCAAAAAUGAAGCGCGACCUCCGAAAGCAAAAGAGCCACUUUUAGAACUAAAAACUUCUAAUUGGAGUUCUGAUACUUUUACCCGUCUUUUUCUUCGUAGUCCAACAUUACUACAAAUGGUCCAUCUACCAGAGGGAAAUUCACAAGACGAAGGGGAUACGAUCCUCAGAAAAAAUAUUCCAAUUUUCCACUCCGCCGUCAAAAGUUACGCAGAAUCACAUCUUCUCGAAGGGCCAUUAGGAGUUGUAGACUAUGGAGGACGUGUCUGGAUUCAUGACUAUUUAUCUGAGUCAAUAGAUAAACCUGAAAAACUCAACGCCAACGAACAGGAAAUUUAUCAAUUUGUUACAUUUUGUGAUCACCCAAAAAUGAUAACAGUGGCCGGAAACUUCCAUGUAGAAACUGUGGAUAUGAGGUCUUCAGGAAGAUCGAGAGCAUGCACGGAACUAUGGAGAAGUCCAAUUUUUGAAGCCAGAAGUCGACAUGAAGCAAUGUAUGUGCAAGGAGUUCCACCUGCUUCUGCUGUGAUUCGGCACAUUUCGAGAAUAUCUGGGACGGCAAACAAUUAUUUAGUAAUGACUGAUAGAGCCUUACACCUUAUUGAUGAUCGGUUUCCUGGAAAAACAGUUUUGAGUGUUGAGCAUCCAUUUUCUUCGGGAACUCAUAGACUAAUUGUGUCAGAUAGGAUGAGAGAUGCAGCUGGUGGUGGAGAUGUAUAUUCAAUAUUUUCACUCGACCAGUUCCAAGUCCUCAACUCAUCAAUUGCUAUGACAAAACUUUAUUCACACCCAUCCGGAAUUUGGUCUUCAGUUGAUCCAUUCCAUUUUAUCGGAGAACCGAAGCACUUCAAUCAAACAACUCGCCGAGGAAAGUACGCGGAACCCGGUUUUAUAUCCGAGCCAACGCGUGCAAUGUCGUUGAUUGAAAAUGAAGAACUUCAUGCUUCGAUUCUGUUGCGCCAAACCGAUGAUGGUGCGAUUUGGUGGCAGCAAUUCUCCAAAAGAAACUUGUCAAUGAAGGAAAAAGUAGAAGAGGAGAAAAGAAGUUUCAAACGAAUAAACGAAAGAAGAAAUGAAUCCACGUGGAAAAGAGAAAACUACAACCCUGUUUAUUCGGAUAAACUCUCCCAGGAAUUGAGAGAAACCCCCAAUGAUAUCAGACAGGUGAUCAGUGUUGGUUCUCCUUCUGUUGAUAGUCGAGUGAUAUCCAAGUUUUACCAACGUGCUGUCAAUUUACAACGGCAAUCAAAUCGACUUAUUGUUACAAAUCCGUCUCGCCAGCUCGAAGUUGCUCCACUUGAUGAUGUAAACAGCGUCCUGUCGAAAAUUACAUUAGACACCUGGGCGGCUGUUGAAAAAAUGAUGAAUGAAAAUAGAUCGGUCUGUGGAUUUCGCGGAUCACAUUCAUGUGAGAAUAGUGAUUAUGACGAGGCAAACCUCGCUCAAACCUACAGUGCACUACUGUCAUUGGCUAUUUUGGGAGAUGAUUUGAAAAGGGUCGAUCGACAGGCGAUUUUAAAAACUGUGAAAAAUGCUCAGAGAGAUAAUGGAUGUUUCUGGAGUCAAGGAGUUGGUUCUGAGUCGGAUAUGAGAUUCGUGUUUUGUGCUGUUGCAAUUUGUAAAAUUCUUGACGGUGAAAAAGAAGAAGUUAUCAACUGGGUCAAGCUCUCAGAGUUUUUGAAAAGCAGUCUCAAUAUUGACGGAGGAAUCGGACAAGCUCCUGGUGAUGAAAGUCAUGGUGGCUCGACGUUCUGCGCAAUAGCCUCAUUGGCUCUCUCAAACCGUCUCUGGACAGGAGAAGUGUUGACUCGUCGAGAUAUCGAUCGCCUGAUUCGGUGGGCAAUUCAGAAACAAGAAAUCGGAUUUCAUGGAAGAGCUCACAAACCUGAUGAUAGUUGCUACGCAUUCUGGAUUGGUGCAACAUUGAAAAUUCUGAAUGCCUAUCAUCUUAUCUCUCCAGCUCAUCUUCGUGAGUUCCUGAUGAUCUCUCAACAUCCACAUAUCGGUGGAUUCUGCAAGUAUCCUGAACCCGGAGGCUAUUCAGAUAUUCUCCAUACAUACUUCUCCAUUGCUGCACUCUCUUUGCUCGGAGAGCCGGCACUCAACCCAGUUCACCCGUCGUUGAAUGUAUCAAUGAGAGCUGCCGAUCACAUUUCUCGACUUCGUUUUGAAUAA